UUGUGGGACAUCAGUGAGCCCGCCGCACCCGCCGCGCUCGACCCGCUCGCACAGCUCGACUGCCUGGUCAGUGCAGCAGCACGCACAUUAUAUAGUGUACAACACGCGAGGUGGUGUGCGCCGUGGCGCUGUCGCAUGCGCCCGCACGCCGCGCCUACACUGGCGGCAAGGGCUGCGUCAAGUUGUGGGACAUCAGUGAGCCCGCCGCACCCGCCGCGCUCGACCCGCUCGCACAGCUCGACUGCCUGGUCAGUGCAGCAGCACGCACAUUAUAUAGUGUACAACACGCGAGGUGGUGUGCGCCGUGGCGCUGUCGCACGCGCCCGCGCGCCGCGCCUACACUGGCGGCAAGGGCUGCGUCAAGUUGUGGGACAUCAGUGA